AUGAAGCUUUUUGCAGUUGCACUUCGUUUGUUCGCCACCCUCAUGGGGAUGCCCUUGGCGGCUAAUACUCGUCCAAUAGGCGAUUCCUGGCUGUUAUCCAAAGAGGUCGGGUACUUUCAGAAUGCUUCGGAGGUCAUUAACCAAGAUGGAAUAUAUUUCCUGGUGCUUGGAACACAGUACCUUCCAUACGAUUGCGUUGGUAUGGAAGUAACGGCGAGGGCUGUUCGUGAGAAGGCUAUUCGUUAUAAAAUAAUGUAUUUUAACUCAUCCCAGACCACAGAACUCACCGGAUCAGCUUAUGUUGCUUCCGACGUACGAGGCCAAGAAACUGUUAUCUAUAUGACAAUUGAUGGAUAUGGAAGCAGAUCGGAAAACCAUGUUUUGUACGAAGAAAAAAACAAGUGCUAUAUAUUGUACAAUCCUGAAACUGAACAGUUCGAACUCUGGGUGAGCCAAAACGAGAUCACUUUCCUUCCCAGAUGCUGCGAAUUUGCUUACUGGCUCGCCACUUACGGACGGAAGACGCACAUCCUCUACAAUAAAUACAAAUGUAAACUCGUUCUUUAG